CUGAUAUAAAAACUCUGCGGAAGCCUUGGGCUUGGAGGGCCAGACGGAGCUCGGAGCUCGGGCUGAUCUCAGCACACACCCAGACCCCACAGCCCAGAUACCAGCAGCUGGAGGGAAGGCCCGGAGCUGUCUGCAGCCAUGUCAGCCCUCGGCCUGGUCAUUCUGGGCCUGCUUACGGCAGUGCCACCCGCCAGCUGUCAGCAAGGCCUGGGGAACCUGCAGCCCUGGAUGCAGGGCCUUAUCGCCACGGCCGUCUUCCUGGUCCUCGUUGCAAUCGCCUUCGCUGUCAACCGCUUCUGGUGCCAAGAAGAGCCGGAGCCCGUGAACAUGGUCAUGGCCGUUGGAAACAAGGAAGACGGGAUCCUGGUAGGAACGGAAGGAAAGUACUCCUCCAUGGCGGCCAGCUUCAGGUCUCACGAGCAUGGGAAUGCCUAUGACAAUGUCCCUGAGGAGGAGGGCAGGGUCCGGAGCACCCCCAUGUGACCCCACUUGCCUGUGGCCCCCAGCGCUGAUCCUGGGCAUCUGUGAUCAGUGCCACUCCUCUGAGCAGGAAUCUAUAGUAACAGGCCGACUUCUUCAACCUCACACUGACCCACCCUCCCUGGAAUUGUCCCAGACAUUGUUGGAACUCACACUGUGGUUCUGGGGUCUCCUGGGGAGUCUCCCACUCAAUUCAAUCCAGAAGACCCUUCUGAAAGAGACAGUUGGCUCAGCACCUCCCAUCCUGCCUCACAUUUCCUCCCCUCACUGUGGAAAUCACCUAUUGCUGUGAAUAAAGACUUUUUGUACUUCUGAG